AUGGCCGCUCCUUCCCCUUCGGACGGCAUACACUUCCGCCUCGACCUCCUCCUGACGUCCAACCUCGCCGCGCGUAUGCCACCGCAAGCAGCAAAGCGCCAACAUCGUCCAACUCGCAACGUCAAGGCUCGCCCACGGCCCCGAGUCCUGCUGCCAAAUCACCAGCUCGUCAUCCAACCACCACCAUCUCGCGACGACGACUUCGAAACCGCCGCAUCGACCGACUCGAGCUCGAACAGCUUGUCCGAGGAGAUCAAGGAGAUGCAAGAUCAUGCACGCAUCGCCGCCUACGACCAGUAUCGCCAGAAGUCCGACCACGAGAGCCUCCGCCAUCUUGCUGCAGUCACCAGAGCCGAGCACGAGUACGCUGUUCGCUUGGAUCGUCUCUCUCUAGCUGUGCUUGAGUAUGCAACGGCACCGAAGCCUAAGCUCAACUUCGACGACAUUCUGAGCGACAUCGACGACGAUGAGCACUACACGCCGCAGACCAUGACCACGAGCGAGCUCGAGGCGUUUGAUGCCCUCAAUCCGACUUCGAGUCACCGCAUCACCUCGUCGCAAGCAGCACACUCUGACGGCGCCACUGGAUCAUACGUCCUGGUCGAUAGCCAGCCGACCCUCAGCAGCGAUGGCAUCUUGGGCUCUGUUCCACGCUACGCACCUGCGGCUCAGAUGUCGUUCGUCAUGCCCACUCUCUCGUACGGCAACGACGGCAACUCGAGCCCCAUCGCGUCCAGUGGACAUCCCCUGGCGCGCAUCGAGGAGGAGUCCACGGGCUCAUUCUCCGAUCCGAGUCAGCCACCAGAGAUGUCUAUUAAGUUCAGUCCCACCAACGACGAGAACUUGCAGCAAGAUUCGCUCCAUUCUCGCCUGCAGAACCUCGAGGACCAGGAUUCAAAGGAUGCUGUCACCCAGUCUUGGCUGGAGGAGCAGAUCGCUGAGGCGAUGGGGAACGAUAUCUUGGUCCGAGAUGACGGCUCUCGCAAGACCGACGAGGCGAUGGCGAACGAGAUGUUGCUUCGAGAUUCCGGCUCUCGCAAGAUCGAAGAGUUGAUGGAUUCGGUGGGGGACAAAUGGAGCCAAUUUCAGAAAGAGCUCAUGCAGAUCGAGUCGCGUGUGCUCGAUCUUGAGUUCAUCAACAAGGAAGACGAGGACCUUCCAGAGGAGAAUGGACACGAGAAUUCGGAUGAGGGUGAUGACGAGGACUAUGUGUUGGUCUGCAAGGAGGAGGCUAACGAGGACUGGUUCGAGGUGGCGACGGAGUCGAUGGUGAAGAGCAUGGAUUAA